AUGCUACCACUAGGGAACAGAUGGAGCAAGAGCGGGCUCAGCGAGAACGAAAGAAGAAGUGGUGGGGCGGCGAUCCAAUACCAGUCUCCGUGGAUGUAUGCUCGUGCAACAAUGAAGGAGAUAUCCCAUCCCUCCCUAAUGCCCGCAUCGCUGGAGGAAGAUGGGGCGGCUGUGGAACAGGAUAGAAUGGCAGAAAUGCUCAGUGUUCUGUACGUUGCAGAGCGCAACAUCAGUAGUACCCCCCAGGAGCAAUUUCAACAGCAGAAAUCGCAACAGGUUCAGCCGACUUCGGCGUGGCGCUAA